UAGUGCAAAUUCAAGUUUGUUCAAAUCAUGGGCCCCGGGGGGUAGGAUGGGGCCACAAGGGGGAUCAACGUUUUGCAUACAAAUAUAUAGGGAAAGUCUUUAAAAAAUUUCUUCUCAAGAACCACUGCCAGAAAAGCUGAGUUUUACAUGAAAGCUUCCUGACAUAAUGCAGAUUCAAGUUUGUUCAAAUUAUGGCCCCUGGGGGUAGGAUGGAGCCACAAGGAGGGAUCAAAGUUUUACAUACAAAUUAAGGGAAAAUCUUCUCCUCAAGAACCAUAGGGCCAAAGAAGUUGACAUUUACAUGAAAGCUUUCUGACAUAGUGUAGAUUUAAGUUUUGCAAACAUCAUGGCCUCCAGGGGUAGGUUGGGGCCAUAAUAGGGACUAAGGUCAUCUUCUGUUCUUGGUUUGCAUAAACGACCUACCUAUUGCACAACAUUAGAUGCUAAAAUGUUUGCAGACGACUGCCUUGUCUACAAAGAGAUCAAGAAUAAUACUGACGGAGCCAAACUCCAAGAUGAUAUAACAUCCCUUGAGGCAUGGGAACAAAAAUGGCAAAUGUGCUUCCACCCAGAAAAGUGUACCGUCAUCAGAGUAACCAAUAAACGUCAGCCCCUGCAAACACAGUGUCAUCUCCAUAGAAGUUGUGGGUAGCGGGAGGUACCUGGGCGUGAUCACCAUCAGCGAAGACCUACGAUGGACAAGGCAUAUUUCUAACACCAUCGGAAAAGCAACAAGAACAUUGGCCUUUCGUAGAAGGAACUUAGGACGUUGCAAAACAUCAGUCAAAGCAACAACCUACUGCACUCUGAUCAGACCGUCGAUCGAGUAUGCAUCAAAUAUAUUUGACCCACAUCAAUCUGUCGUGGAAAAAAAGGAAAUUGAACAAGUACAGCGAAGAGCAGCCCGCUUUGUCUUCAACUAAUACACAUAUACCACACCCAGAUGCGUUACCUCUCUUCUUGACCAACUAGAUUGGGAUUCUCUACAGGACAGAAGAACUCAACAUCGACUCGUAAUGCGUUAUAAAAUCUAGAACAUUCUUUUGGACAACCCAGAUUCUUAUCAUACCCCAGGAUAUAACAGAACAUGAGGGACAUAGAUAUAGACAACCUAGAACCACCAAGGAAAUUUUUAACAACUUCUUCCCUCGAUCGAUCAGAGAGGGAACCACUUACCGGAGACAAUGACUACCGGAGACAAUGACUGCAGCAUUAACAUUGGAAGCAUUCAGGGCCAGUUUAGCUUCGUGCCCUGCUUCCAACUACUGCACCACUGAACUACAGCUCGUCUUAUUCAAAAUUAUAUAUUAUAUGUAAAUAUGUUCAGUUUUAUCCCAACCGGCUAUAAAGCCUUCUGUUUUUGUCCGAGCUGGAUUUUACCCAACACUCAAUCAUGAGUUCAACUCCGUAGUGGGAGAAGUAUAGCAUGCUUAAUCUUAUGUUAUACGAAAUAAACGACUAAUUUACUAGAAAUAUUAAAAUAUCAUGAAGGAACCAAAAUGGUUAAAAGCAUUUGCAUAUUGAAUUUUAAUUGUAUCUUUAUUUGAAUUCACAUACUAUUAUGCAACAUCGGUCUUUUAGCAUUAAACUGGUCCCCAUCCCACAAUGCUGUUCACGGAAUCUCUUCAUUGAACGAGUCCGAAUAUCGUAGUAAUUAACACACUUUCACCACUGCGACCCGUGUCCAAUCCUUAGUAUCGGCGGUGGUUGUAUGUGAGAGGGUAUUGUGGUCGCCCACUCGGACAUGUGGGCUUCCUCUAGUUCCUCCCACGUCCAUGACCCCAUGCCGACGAGAAUUUUUGUUUUUACAUGGUGCGCGAGCGGAAUCAUGCGAUCAGACCAUUUUGUGUGCUUAUGACGAAUAAGCGGUAUGCACGUUUAUGUACAUUUAUAUAUUACUAGAUAUAACAGAUAUGUAUGAUAUUUAUUUCCACCUUGAUUAAAUACACACGGUUUAUAUUUACUAAUAUUUUGACUUCUGGGGGUCGUUAAGAAGUUAUAUUUAAAUUGAGAUAGUUGAUCUAUAAACAAUGCAUUGGGGAUUCCACUGAGGUGUAUCAAACUUGACUGUGACGUUUCAUUAUCUACUGAUCUUGUCUUCGAAAGUUACAUCAGAUCUAUUAAAAUGCACAAAAACCUGAUAUAGCCAUACUAUAGGAAAGAGAUGGAUUCUUGUCGCAACUGCAACGAGAAAAUGACAGACGUUUUGAGGACAAUGAAAAAUAUGGAAUCGGUUUUAAACGAUGUGAACACUAUGGUUGGUGUAUUGGUACAAAAUACACUUCAACAAACAUACCCUUUGGGAGACGUUACAAGUGCUCCUGGUAAGAAACGACGUACGUGUAGAUCUUCACAUCGCUUUCCAGAGAGUUCAGUUAAAGAAAAUGUUCACAAAGAGGUGUUGCAAGAGAAGUACCAACAAAUUGUCAACAGACUUGAUUUUUCAAAAGAUGACAUACUAGAUAAACUUGUUGAAGGUGAAGCCAUUUCACAGUCAGACCAUGAAACCAUCCUGAAACUAAGCAGUAAAAGAAAAGACCAAAACCGAUUUAUCAUUUCCCGUUUUCGGCGAUACGGGACAGACAACUUUGAAAAAUUUUUGGAGUCUUUAAGAGAUGAAUACCCAGACUUAAUGAGUGAAAUCAGUUUAUCUUAUGAGGAAAAAAUGAAUGCAUCUACAAAGAGAAGGUGUGCAUACUGCAUGAUCAUACAGACUGUUGAUAUUUCAGACGUCUUGGAUGCACUUUUUGAAAAUAAGUUAAUCGAUGAUGGAAUCGUAGAGCAGAAAAUCAAUGGGACGUCCGCGGCUUCUUUGUGGAUGCAGGUUUUUGUUCAACUGAGAUCCGCGCCAUCGACACAAGAAUGCAAAGACAUUCUUGUCGACACUUUGCAUUAUAAAUACAGAGAUAUAGCAGAAGCAGUAAAAGUCAGUCAUUUUCAUCAACUUUUUUCGUGUUCUUGCAAGUUAGUUUGUCGAAAAAGAAUGUCGAUUGCUGGAGGUUUUCAAACUGACGGAUCUGGCAGUUUGUCUGAUGUAAGUUCAGCCAGUACCAUUAACGAGCAAUCUAGAUCACACCGGUCACGUCCUUCACCAGAAAAAAUACCAGGUACCGAGAUAAUCAGCACUCCUGGCAACAAUAGUGUAAUUACAGAAAAGUCCGUUAAUGCGUCUCGAUCUAAUGACAAAGAAAUCGAUGUUUAUUUUAGUACAUCGGGAACUGGUCUGCUGGACUAUGAAGAGGAUAAUAUUCCAAGCACUGUCAAAAGGGACGGGACACGAAGGCAUACGGUAGAAAUUUCUGAGAACCUUUCCAAAUUCCAUGUUGUAGAAAAUCUAGUGGAACAUAAAAACACAUGGCCAAAAAACAAAUCAAAAGCGAAAUAUAAUCCAGAAUUUGAAGUACUGAAAAGAAAGCUGAAAUCUGUAAUUCUGCCGACACUGCAGGGUGAUACUCAAAAGUCAAUCAAACCACGCACCUUUCCUUUAAAAGGAACAUAUACUGGAAUUAAUUCAGAGCGAUACCAACAGUCAGCUAAUACAGCUAAGGAUGUGUUGAUGGAUAAGGAAAGGGUAGCCAAAGUUUCAAAGGGUUCACACACUGAUGCUGUUACUUAUUGCCAAAUGUCUAAUGAACCGCAAUUUGGAGGUUACAAAGAAAGCUCCUUUGAGAAUGCUCAACAGGAAAGUGUGUCAAAACUGUCCAUGCAAAGGAGAAAAAGAGAAUCACCAAGGUUUAAAACAACAUAAAUUGUACUGAAUCAGUGUAGACUGGGAAAUACCAUAUAAAUAUACGUGUAUAUGUCUCCAAUCUUCAUAAACAACUAUGUCGGUUUUCAA